GGCCAUGAAGCAUAACCAUAAAAGAUCUGAUCUGAAACACACACUGAUAAUUUGAUAUUCUUAGCCUUUGGAGGCCUCAGAGGGACUAAAGAAUGGGAUGGAAAAUGUUGCUGGGAUUGACACUGUCCAUGGUUGUGGCUGCAAAUGCCUCCUGCACGGACCAGUCAUGUGUUAACGGCUACUGCAACGACAACACUGGAUGCAGGUGCUAUCACGGAUUCACGAUGGAUCCUAACGGCGUCUGCGUUCCAUUUGACCGCUGUACUCAAGACCAAUGUCGAUAUGGUGUUUGCUCCCACAUAACGUUUGUUUGCACCUGUCAAGGCGGCUAUACCAAGGACCCCAAUGGCAACUGUGUGCCCAUCGAACGGUGUGCAGUGGAUUCUUGUCCGAAUGGAUUCUGUUCCAGUUCAGGGCAGUGUUUCUGCAAGUCUGGGUACUUCAAAGGACCGAACGGCGUCUGUCUGGCAGUUGCUCCCUGUGACCCGGAUACGUGUGGAAAUGGUCAGUGUGACCCGAUCACCCAGGCGUGCGAGUGUAAACCUGGCUUCGAGAAGAACGUGAACGGUAGAUGUGCUGCCUCAACCGAGUGCACGCUGACUUGCGAGAAUGGACAGUGUGCAAAACUGCGUAGUCAACAAGAAGUGUGCUACUGUCACGUUGGGUACACGAACCAUCCCGAGAACACCACUAACUGUGUUUCAGUUGCAGGCCAAGGACAUAAAACUCCUCGCCCGACGUCUCCAUCUGCAUCAACAUCCGCAAGACCCCCACUGAACAGCGACGGCGACAGACAGAACACCUCGCCAUACCCACAAUACAUGCACACGGCUCAGCAAGAAACCUUCCAGACAAAGCCACUUCCACCAAUGCUUAUGUCGCCUGAACCUAGUCGCCAGGAUUCGGCACCACAUAAAACACCGUCUGAAGUCUCCAAUAAGCCACCAUUUCAUCUUGUCCUCAACAGGCAACACUCGCUUUCCGUGACACCAUCUGAAAGACCCUUCAGACGACAAAUACCCUUAUCUCCCAACCCGAUACGAUCUCCGUUUUCUCAACUUUCAUUGGCACCACCAGCAAAUGUGAACGGACCACGAAUACCCUUAUCUCCCAACCCGAUACAAUCUCCGUUUUCUCAACUUUCAUUGGCACCACCAGCAAAUGUGAACGGACCACGAAUACCCUUAUCUCCCAACCCGAUACAAUCUCCGUUUUCUCAACUUUCAUUGGCACCACCUUCGAAUGUGAAAGCACCACGAAUACCCUUAUCUCCCAACCCGAUACAGUCUCCGUUUUCUCAACUUUCAUUGGCACCACCUGAAAAUGUGAACGGACCACGAAUACCCUUAUCUCCAAACCCGAUACAGUCUAUGUUUCCCCGACUUUCAUUGGCACCACCUGAAAAUAUCAAUGGAGCUUUAUCCCUGAACGGACUACAAUAUCCGUUCCCUGCAUCUACCAGGAGACUGCUAGAUUUCCUUCGGGCUUUAAGUGGAAACGUAGGUGCUAACCCCGCCAGCAGGGGGAUUAACAUGGAGGCGCUAUUACCAUUCAGGCCCAUUCCUUUGGAUUCCAGAUCAACGUCAAUGCUGAUGGGGAUGUUAUCAAUGAACCAGUUUAUGGAGGCAAUGGCGUAACAGAACAGUUCUUGAAAAAGAUUCGACAGUUUGAACAUUUUUACCAUUUCCAAUGGCAAUGUGUGGAUUGUAGGGAAACAUUGGUACCCAUGAUAUCAUGUCGGUGUCAUAAGGCAUAAGGAUGACCGGUCAGGCUCAUUGACUUUCACUGUUUGCGGUUCAUUAUGCCUGAUGGCGUGGAUUGUUUGGGGUUUGUUUGGCCAAGACUAGAUUAUUUACAGGUAACUUUAAUGCAGAUGGAAUAGUUCUUUGUGUGAUGUUUACAAACUUCGACUGGUAUACUCUGGCCUGGAACGAUAUGUAACCUGGACAUUCUGAAUAAAGUUUCUUGUUUUACUGAA